UCCAGUUUGUAUGUUUAAGUUAUUAAAACCAUAAUUUAGUUUCAUAAUUGGUUAAUGACAAUAAAAAAAUUUUGUGCUUGACUUCUCGUCUUCACGAGACGAGUGACGGUUAUAAUAAUUUUAGUAUAAAUAGUAAAACAUAGAGGAACUAAAGUAUCAGUAACACUGUCGAGUCUUUAAAGUUAAACACUAAACAGAACUACAAUGUUUAAAUACAUACUCCUAUUCGCUCUUGUUGGCUUUGCUUGUGCUCUCAGCCCAAAAGCAUUAUUAUCAUUAGUUGGCGGUUCCGGUUCCCAUCGACCAGUAUCCCAUGCUAGUUCUGGUGAUGAUGCUCAUGCUGAAAUCAGAACUCUUUCCUCAGAUGUUCGUCCGGAUGGUUUUGAUUAUGCUUUGGAAACCAGUAAUAGCAUUGCAGCAAAGGCUGUUGGUGACGAGCACGGCAACGUACAUGGCGAAUUUAGUUGGGUAGAUCCAAAUGGUGAACAUGUACAGAUUUCAUAUGUGGCUGAUGAAAAUGGUUACCAACCUACUGGUGCAUGGAUUCCAGUCCCACCACCAAUUCCAGCGGCUAUUUUAAAAUCUUUAGAAUAUAUUCGCACACACCCAGCAAAUGAUGAAGUAAGUCGCGGUCAUCACAGUUUUGGUAGAAAAUAAAUCUAUUUAAAUUUUUAUGUGCAUAAGCUGUUAUU